UAAAUAAUUAAUUUCAGAGCAAAAUUCGUUCAGUGAGCCUUAAAAUCUGACCAAAAUCCAAGCGGAACUCACCUUUCAAUGGCAUCAGAUGAGUGUGAAAAUGAAAAGUGGGGGACCACAUCAGAACCUCUGCAUUGCUAUGCUUAGUUUUGGUUUUUGGGGUUUUAAGUAGUACGGGUAACAUAACCAACCGCUAAACCCUGUCCUCAUCAAUUCAAUCGAUCCUCUCUCGCCAAGAAUUGUAUGUGGAUUUAUUCAAGAUGGUCCUGGAAAGCACGAUGAUUUGCGUUGACAACAGCGACUAUAUGAGAAAUGGGGAUUUUCUGCCCACUAGACUUCAAGCCCAGCAAGAUGCUGUAAAUCUGAUUUGCCACUCGAAGACAAGGUCGAACCCGGAAAACAAUGUCGGCUUGUUAACUCUCGCCAAUGUCGAAGUUCUAGUUACUUUAACUACUGAUGUGGGUAGAAUUCUUUCUAAGCUCCAUCAAGUUAGCCCCAAUGGGAAUAUCAACCUUCUAACUGGAAUUAGGAUUGCUCAUUUGGCUCUGAAGCAUAGACAGGGGAAAAACCAUAAAAUGAGAAUCGUUGUGUUUGUCGGGAGUCCUGUCGGGCUUGAUGACAAGGAGCUUGUUAAGCUUGCCAAGAGAUUGAAAAAAGAAAAAGUCAACGUUGAUAUCGUUAGCCUAGGAGAAGAAAUGAAAAACAAUGACCUUUUGACAGUAUUUAUUAACACGUUGAAUGGGAAAGAUGGUGGAAGCAGCCACCUUGUCACAGUCCCACCGGGUCCUCAUCUCUCUGAUGCUCUUAUUUCUUCUCCUGUCAUUCAGGGUGAAGAUGGAAUGGGAGGAGCCGGAUUAGGUGGUGCUGGCUUUGAGUUUGGCGUUGAUCCUAAUGAAGAUCCUGAAUUAGCUUUGGCUCUUCGUGUUUCUAUGGAAGAACAAAGGCAACGCCAAGAUGCAAUGAACGCUGCUGAAACACAGCCUCCCAAGCCUGAGCCGACACAAGAAACUGGUGAGAUGGCAAUGUUGGAACGCGCUCUUGCAAUGUCUCUAGACACACCACAGCAUGAUUUUGCCAACAUGACCGAGGAAGAACAGAUUGCUUUUGCCAUGCAGAUGUCAAUGCAGGACACACAAGAGCCAAGUGGUUCGGGAGAAGUGAAAAAAGAAGAAGAAGAAGAAGCAAAACCGAUGGAAGUCGAAGAUUAUAACCAGGUGAUAAGUGAUCCAGCCUUUCUAAGAAGUGUCUUUGAAAAUCUUCCUGGUGUGGACAUGCAAAGUGAAGCAGUAAAACAAGCAGUCAGCCAGGCUGAGAAAGACAAGCAACCCAAGGAAAAGGACAAGGACAAAGAUGCAAAGUGAUUCCCUUUAUUUUCUUUUUAUAAGAGUGCCCAAAUGCUAUCCAAAUUAUACUAAAAUUUAUAACU